AUGACUUCUCCACUGGCGGUUUCCAUGCCUCAGACUGUCACUGGCCCUGCUUCUGCGCAUGGUGCCAAAUGCAGCACUUGCGACCCCCAUCCAGCCACACUAGCGGCUCCCAACAAGGCCUACUGUCCUGACCCGUCCGUAAUAGCCACCACCAACCUCAACCUCAGUCGCUUGGGCCCUCCCGCCCGCGACUUGCGCUCGAGCCUACUCCACAAACAGGACUCAUUCUCCAGCAUCGCCAAAUUUACCCGUGGCGACUCGUCACACAGCUCGUUGUCCCACCAGCCGUCCAAACUCGACCUCAUUGACGACACCACUUUGACGUCGCUUCCGUUGCCACCACCAUUGAAGCCCAAGUCCCGGGGCUCUGGGUCGGGCUCUGGGUCUGGAUCUUCAAGCCUCCCUGGCGACAAUGAACCGCCAACACCCGCGCUUGACCUGAAACCGCUCUUGUCCUCCAUCACCAUGUGCAACGGUGCGGAGGCCGAGGUCGACGAGACCUUUGAAAGCGAGCUCUUCGAGGACGAUGAGGACGACGACCACCACGACCCCAUAGUGUUGAUUGAAGACUACAUGGCCAAACAGAAGGCUCGCCCCAACCAUAACGAAACCCCAGCAUGUAACAAUACCAUCAGCCCCAGGAUAUCGACAGGCAUUCAGGACCUGUCGAUCUCUGGCAUUAAUUCCAUUCCUGAUUUUAACGACGACGACGAACUCACCUUGAUCAAUAAAAAGAGGUCCUUGGCUACCUUCAAACAACGCAUUCUCAACAACUCCUUACAUCUCUCGAAAUCCGUCCAAGAACUAGGCCACGACCUCGACAGCCUAUCCGACGUAUCCACGUUCACUUCCACCUGCAAUGGCGACACCCUCAACAACAUACUGGCCAGCAAUCAUACCCACUUCAACUCCAGCACCUCUUUACUCCAUUCCAAGCCGAAGAACAAGAGAACGUUCUCGAACGAUUUUGUUUCCAGACCGUUACUCAAUUACUCCAAGUCGGAGAACUUGGAGGAGAUCUUUGGAAAGAUCCCGGGCUCAGAUCUCUUGAAGCAUUGCGAGCUUUGUGAAAAGCCUUUGUAUGAGAUAAGCUCCAUCAUCAACAACAAUAAGAAGUUGAAGAAGUCCAAAAACCGUACUUCUGCUGAAGAUUCCAAUAAGGUCAACCAGGUCUACAAUGAAUUUAUUUGUGGCGAGUGUGUUGAAACUUACGAGGAAUUUUUCAACGAGUUGUAUCAGGACCAAAUGACAUCUCCACAAAGCUCAAGCAAUGGAUUAUCAAAGGAAUCCACUACUGUCGAUCAUCCUAUGGAAUCCUGCGCUUCUGAGUCUACAAAAGUCGACUCGAUGAAGAACGAAAAAUUGCUAACUAUAUUCCAAUCUAUCCAAAACAAAUACGACAAGAAGCAGCAGAUGGGCAACAUCGCAUCGAAGAGAUCUUUCUAUCACAAGACCCCAACGUACAAGCGCAUCAGCAGGGCGCCAUUUUCCGAGAACUUGAUGAGCCGUCUCAACUACUUAAACAGCUUGCCUGAAGGCUACACAUACAGCAACGAGUCGGAAAACAAGAGCCCAGGCGCUGGGUUUGGAUUGGGUUUUGGGAUCAAACCCAAUAACCCGAAGAACGGUGCUCCCAUUCAAACUGGCACCUCCAAAAAGACCAUAGACUUAGACUGGAUUCGCAGUUUACAAUCAAAAUUGAGGUGGACCUGGGGAUUCAAUGGUUUGGCACGUAGAAACUCAUUGGAAUCCGAUAGAUAG